AUGAUAAUUUAUACACGUGCAUUAUCUCUAAAAUCGACAUCAUUGAAAGAAUUGGACACAGGUCAAAUCAUGAACUUGAUAGCUAACGAUGCAUCUAAGUUUAAAGACUUAUGUUCAUGUUUAGGUUAUCUAGUUGAAGGAAUUGUCGAAGCUAUCAUCGUAUUUGGUUUACUUAUUUGGAUAAUGCAAUCUAUACCAGCAUUAGGUGGUUAUGCUUUAUUUUCUGUAUUUAUCUUUAUCCAAUUAUAUUUGGGUAAAAAAUUCCGUCAGUACUAUGAAAUAACAGCUAUGUGUAGUUAUAAACGUUUGUAA